UUCCAACUCAACACCCCUCGCCCCAUCAUGUCCUCUUGCCCCGCACCCCCCGUCAGACCUGACCCCUUCAGAUCACAAGCCCACCCUACCAGAGACCUGGGUGGCCACACCUGGAGGAGGGACCCUCCCCAUCUGCCCAUCACCCCUAGGCCCAGAGAGAGGGGAUGGAGUCAGGCUGUGAUCCAGCUAAGCCUGGAAGAGGAUCAGGCUAUAACCAACCUACUGAAGCUCCAUCACCAAAAGCCUGCCCAUCUAGAGGUCACCACUGCCGUCAUCUCCACUCAGGUGGCUUGUCCUGAAGGGACAUUGCCAGUUGAUCACACCUCAACCCUUAGGCAGCCAUCAGUGUGUCAGUCCAUUCCCACCACCAAACCAUCUCCAGCUGAAGAGAUGGGGCUCUUUCAUAGAGGGGACCAGCUCUUUGUGUUGGCCAUCUUGGAGCCCCAACAUCAGAACCAGCCCAGACUGAGGUCUGAUGUGGAGCUGGAGGCAGCGAACGCAUUGCUCACUAUGGAUGAGGAGUCGGUCAGUCUGGUGGAUGAUGAAGGGCCCUGGAACCAGACUCAGACCCUGGACAGGCCCUCUAACAGAAGCCCUGAGAAUCUACAUCUCCAGUACUUCUCACCCGAAGAGUGUGAUGGUGAUACACUGCCAUUAGAAGACGAUGAAAGCUGCCUAUCCCCAGAAGCUUUGCCUCCAAUGACCAGUAUUUGGGAUGCGGUGGCUCUGAGAAAUGGGACUGUCACAGAGUCUGAGGGGACGGCUGUGGAUGCCCUGUUAAUACUGGGUGACCUCACAACCCCAUGUUGUCCUCAUUUCAGUUAAUCGCCCACAAAUGUGCACAACAUAUGACAGUUAAUCUCAGGUUCAAUUCGAGAAAACAAAACUGUAAUUGAAGACCUUUUUACAAGUUAAGUGUGCACCACAGUUUAAUUAACCACUGCAUUUUCCUAUGUGCCUUUU